GUAAAAGUAACUGCGAGCCAAGUAUAGCAAAAUGAACAAUCAGGCAUUCAGUUUGGCUGAGAGACUCAUUCCAUCGACUUAUGUCCAACAAGGACUGAAUGCCAAGAAGACUCGUGAAAAUCAAAUAAGGCACUUUAUCGAACACCGAAAAUGGCCCGAGGAUGGAUGGGACGAUGCGACCAUAGAGGCCUUUUUGGCGGACCUUGCUCAAAUGGACAGCAACAAUUUUCCUUCAAACUGCAGUGUGGGCGAACGAGAAGCAAGAAUUAUUUCAAAUAUAGUUGCCAGGCGACAUUUUCGGAUGGGCCAUGGAAUUGGCAGAUCUGGUGACCUGGAAGAAGUGCAGCCCAAAGCUGCUGGAAGCAGUCUCAUGUAUAAACUGGCAAAUGCUCUGGUUUUGGAAGUUAUUCGAUACAUGGGAGUGAAAACCAUAGCCGGGUGUUUCCUGUCCCCGAUGGCCACAGGGAUGAGCCUGGUGCUCUGUAUGCUAACUUUCAAGCAAGACAGACCUCGAGCAAAAUACGUCCUAUGGUCCAGAAUCGACCAAAAGUCGAGUUUCAAAUCCAUAAUCACUGCAGGCCUCGAACCAGUGGUCAUCGAAAUGCAGAUAGUAGGCGAUGAACUAAAAACCGACAUGCAAAGGCUCGAGGCACAAAUGGCAGCCUUAGGAGAAAGUGUAGCUUGUGUUCUCACCACAACAAGUUGCUUUGCACCCAGAGCCUGUGAUUCUAUCGAUUCCAUCGCAGCCCUUUGCACUCUCUAUAAUAUUCCACAUCUAGUCAACAAUGCAUACGGUUUACAGAGUACAAGAUGCAUGCACCUGAUCCAAGAGGCUUCAAGAAAAGGGAGAGUGGACGCCUUCGUUCAAAGUACAGACAAGAAUUUCCUGGUUCCAGUUGGUGGAGCGAUAAUUGGAUCAUUCGAUAAAACUAUGUUGGAUCGAAUUUCAAAAAUGUACCCAGGUCGUGCCAACGCGAGUUCUGUGAUGGACGUUAUGAUAACGCUUUUGAGUCUUGGAAUGGCAGGAUACAAGCAAUUGAUUGCACAGAGAAAGGAGAUGUACUCUUAUCUGAAAGAAGAGCUUGGAAAAGUGGCCAACAGACACGGAGAGAGACUCCUGGACACUAAAGGAAACCCCAUUUCUAUGGGGAUGACGCUACAGUGCUUGAGCCAUCAACACGAUAACAAACAGGUCACAAUGUUGGGUUCAAUGCUCUUUCUUAGGAACGUCAGUGGAACGAGAGUCAUCACAACCACCGACUCGAAACAUAUCGUUUCGCACAAAUUUGAAGGUUGGGGUGCCCACAAUAGUAAUUAUCCAGUGCCAUAUAUAACAGCAGCGGCAGCCCUUGGUAUGAAGAGAUCAGAUGUAGAUGCUUUCAUCCAAAGAUUGGAUAAAGCCCUAACCAAAGUUAGACGAAGGUCGGCCCAAGUGACACCAACAGCAUCGCUGGCCGGGUCCAGCAUCAACGGGGAUACAAGUGGUGCUGGAGGUCCAGGGGAGUCUAGCACAGCUUCCACCAGCCGAGCAAGUAGUAAAGACAGCCUGCGGAAAUGAACCGUAAUCAACGCAACGGGCCAGUCGAAUCAGCACAUUAAUCACAACUUGUAAGCACCUGCUUACCAGUCCACCUGUCUCUCAAAAAUAUCUCCAAGUCCAAAAAUGUCUUCACCAAAAAGCCAAACCAGGAUGUCUACCUGAUUUAUGAUUUUGAAUUCCCGGCCAUUUCUCGGUGUUUAUUCCGGGCAAUU